AUGAAGACUACCGCCUUCACACGCCGCUCGGUACUCCCCGCCGUCUUGGCCCUGGCGCUGCGGACUUCUGCCGUGCCAUGCACUCCCCCUGGCGACCCCUUCGCCGUCAUUGAUCCCCAGAAUUGGGUCAACCCCGAUGAUAUGGUCUGGGAGGACUUUACGCCGCCGCCGGGGACGAAUUGGUCGGAUCCGAGUCAGAAGGGCUCGAUCCGCAACUUCAACAUUGCCCUCGUUCCUGUCGACUACCGAGACCUGCCCUUCAUCAUCACGCAGCCAGAGCGGUCCACCAUUUUCGGCAACCCACAACCCGCCGCCGCCAGCUAUGCACGCAAGGAUGUCCCUGCGUUUUACCGCGACCUCCUCAACAAGCCCACCGACUUGAACAACCGUCACACCCUUCAUGAGUACUGGAUGGAGGACUCGGGCGGUCGGUUUGGUGUGGAUCUGACCGUCUUUGGAGCGUACGAGCUACCCGCUCUGAGCUACCAGUACGGCAUCGAUGACCGCUUUAACCUAGGAGAGUGUCCUGCUGGGCCUCCUUGCAACCUCAAUAUUCGCACUGACGCGCUGAACGCCUGGCGCAACGAUGUCGGUAACGAGACGGUCGACAGCUACGACCUGGUCUUUAUCCUAUCGGCCGGCCAGGAUGAGUCUUCGACGUGGCAGGAAUUUGGCCCCAUGCGCUGGGAGUCACCCGAAGAUGUUCCUCCCGAGUUCGGACCUCCUGUUGAUAACGCAACAUCCAACGCCGCCCGCACACGCUACGUGCCCUGGACCUCCUGGGCGGCAGCAGCUACGCUCUGGCCCAACGCCGGUGGCGGCUCAUCGACACAGGGCGAGUCCUCCGGCAUGGGCGUCUAUGCCCACGAGCUCUCCCACCUUCUGAUUAUUGCCGACAACUACAACAAUCCCUAUUCUGACCCGCCGCAACGCGCCUACACGGGGCCCUGGUCCAUGAUGUCGCGCGGCUCCUUCAACGGGCCCGGUGGUCCUCACACACGCUGGCAGGUGCCCGCCCUGCAAGGCGCGGCCCUCGGCUCGCUGCACACGGUUCGUGACAAGCUCCAGCUCGGCCUCACCGAUGAGAACGAGGUGCGCAUCCUGUCGCGUGCCGACCUCAUCGCGUCCGGCGGCUUCCUCGUCGCCGAUAUUACCGCCCGCUCCGUCAACCCUGGCCCCGGCGAGCUCAUCGGUCUGCGCAUCUCCCUCGGUGCGGACGGCGGCGACCGCACGCCUGCCUGCAACGCGACAGCAACGCCGUUCUGCGACGGCGGGCCAUACGACCACUACGAAGUCGAGGUCGUCGACCGCAUGGGCGCCGACUCGUUCCAGUCGGACGCGGGCGUCAUGUUCUCCAAGACCAAGACGCGCGACCGCCUGCCGUUCCAGUGGACCAUUGACGCCAACCCGCAAGACAUUCGGCUUGUCGACUUUGUUCGCCCCGACGGCACUCCGCAGUACGUCACGAUCGGCGACUACCGCCAGCUUGCGGAUGCGCUGUUCCACGCGGGCACGCGCUCCGGCAGCAAGGCCGAGCACGUCGACGCCGCCAACGGGCUCCACUUUUACGUCGUCGACAAGAAGCGCAGCGAGGCGGGCGUGCUGUCGUACACUGUGGCCGUCCGGGCGACUUGGGCUGCCGAUGCGGGGCGCCGCAGCGUCAAGGUCGGCAGGGGGCUCGUGACGGACCUCCGGCACAACAAACCGACGGAGAAGGGCGUCACGUGCUCGUUUGAGGUGACGAACACGGGCGAGGGCGCUGAUCUUUUCCGUCUCGAGGCGCAGGUCGAGGGUCAGGGGUGGAGGGUGGCUGUGCCGAACGAGCUGCUCGUCGUGGAGGAGGGCAAGGUGAGCAUUGCCAAGGUGGCCGUCGGCGCCGUCGCUGACGCGGCGGGCGAGGGCGUUGUGACGCUGAAGGUGACUUCGGAGAGGGGCGAUGCCGAGGCUGCGGGCGAGUGUCGGAUGACGAGGGCGUGA